UUAGCAUUUCCAGAUUUUGAAAAACCAUUUUUCUUAACAACCGAUGCUUCUAAUAAAGCAAUUGGUGCUGUGUUAUCCCAAAAAUUUCACGAUGGCGAAAGACCCAUUGCCUUUAUUUCAAAAACUCUUUCCAACACAGAAGAAAAUUAUGCAACUAAUGAGAAAGAGAUGCUUGCUAUAGUGUGGGCAUUGCAAACUCUUAGAAAUUUUAUUUAAGGUCAUAAAAUAAUAAUAUAUACUGACCACCAACCUUUAACUUUUACAAUUUCCCCCAAAAACAACAAUGCAAAACUCAAAAGAUGGAAAGCUUUCAUUGAAGAACACGAUCAUGAAAUUUGUUACAAACCAGGAGUUAACGAUUGAACCCUAGACACAACCAGCCCAUCGUCAGCAUAAUCGCGUAUCGCAUGAGAAGCGAUAUGAGCCGCCACAGAUAAACAAACAUCAUUUCUGCUGAGUGGACAACCACCGCGGGACUGUCAUCAGUUAGUUUACAUAUAGCCUGGAGAGAUGAAAUAAAAUAGUCUUAACUUCAUCACCGACAAGUGCAGUCGAACUUUUAUUUUUAAAAAGAAAACCCUAGAAAAUAUUUAACUGGCGCCCGAAUAGGGACCUCGCCAGUGUGGGAAGAGUAUAAAGUUUUGUGUUGUGAAUUCGUAAAAAAGUGAAGAAAUCAAAUUCAACAAUUAGGUUCAACGAGCCUUCAUCACGAAACCGAAGCGGAACCAGGACACCGAGUUAAACUCAAUCGCUAUUAGGACCCCGAGUAGCAGCCCAUCAAGGACGGCAAAAGGAUUUACCCCGACAUAGCUGCCUGGUUUUCCCCCCACCAAGCGAGGUUAGCGAGGAAUCAACACAAAAAGUCCAACUCUUGUUUCGACAUGUUGGCAUUUAUACUGUUACUGACGCAAAUCUCUGGACCUGUCAUGCCACAAACGAUUUCGGUACAUAAGGCAGACAACCUACCUCUUUUCAUAUACGACAAAGGAUACGGCCGAAUACAAAUCAACUAUCAUUACUACAUCCAUCAUUUUAAAUUAGAGCCGUUCAAAGUUCACGUAAAAGAUCUAAAGUCGAAAUUCAAUGAAAUAGAAGCAAAUCAGUUUACUAAUCUUAUACUAGAUAAAUUCAAUGAGUUAGAUACAAACAUAAAAAAAUCUUUUGCCAAUAAAGAGAAGAAAACGAUGGAAACAAUUAGGAACAGCAUGGAAAUACCUAGCAGGAAGCCCCGAUGCUAACGAUCUCAAGAUUAUCAAUAGUUCUAUCAACGGCCUUAUCAACAAUAACAAUGAGCAGGUUAGAAUCAACAGAGAAAUUUCACUACAAAUGAAAGAAGCCGUGUUUAAAACAAAAGAAUCUAUUCAACUGCUUAAUCUUGAGUCAUCUGAAUUGUAUUCUGUAAACAUACUCUUGAACUUAAAAUUCCUGAAUGACAAAUUAAAUCAAAUUAUACAAACAAUAACGCUAGCAAAAGUAGGGAUGCUUAAUGAACAAGUACUGAGCCAGAAUGAAAUAGAGUUAAUUAUUGAAGAUCUAAGUAAAGAAAAUGUAACUGUUUGGAACACCGCUGAAGCAUUAACUUAUGUCACUACAACUAUUGUAACCAACGAACAUGAAAUAGCACUUUUACUGAAACUACCAAAGCUAGACCCGAGAAUCUUCAGAAAAAUCUUUAUUCUACCAACAUGGUUCAAUCGUCAACAAAUCCACAUCUCCAACCAUAAUUAUCUUAAUCAUGAAGACCAGUACUAUAUUGUGAGCAGCCUGCAGCCAAGAAUUUUCGAUGCCAAAGACAUUACACCUGACUCAACAGUAUGCGUACCAUACCUGCUUAACGGAAAACCAGCAAAAUGCGAUUAUCUAGCCAACCCAGCGGAAGAAAUCAUUUCAAUUGACAGCCAACAUCUCAUCACGAAUGUGUUAGACAAUUUCACCCUGCACACCAACUGUGGCUUAUCCGAGAGGAACCUGUCGGGUACUUACCUGAUUUCAUUCAACAACUGUGAGGUAACAGUUAACAACCAAACGUUUUCAAACUAUAACCGGAACAUAACUGGAGAACCUAUUCAUUUGCCGAUGUAUGGCAUACCUAUAGAAAAACAACGUAUUGUUGUUAAUCUGAGCUUACAUCAUUUGCAUAAUCUGCACCUAGAGACAAGAAAAGAGAUGGAAGAAAUCCGUUUAAACGCCACUAGUAUACAAUGGCCACAUUGGACAAUUUUUGGAGGACUAUCAUUUACUCCCAUUGUCAUAAGCAUUAUUUUCUUUUUGUUCAUUUCCCGCCAUAGAAGAUCAGAAGUCAAAAUCCAGAUGAAUCACCAAAAGCAGGCCCCAGAUGAAGCAAAGAGAUUCCAAAUAUUACCAUUAAGUGAAAUUCUUCGUAUGGAACCUCACACUUAAAGGGGGAGAAGUUAACGAUUGAACCCUAGACACAACCAGCCCAUCGUCAGCAUAAUCGCGUAUCGCAUGAGAAGCGAUAUGAGCCGCCACAGAUAAACAAACAUCAUUUCUGCUGAGUGGACAACCACCGCGGGACUGUCAUCAGUUAGUUUACAUAUAGCCUGGAGAGAUGAAAUAAAAUAGUCUUAACUUCA